AUGGAAGGAUACUACCCUCCCAAUCAUCUCCCUCCUCGGGAGCAGCAAAGGCAGCAGCAAAACAAUCCGAACCAGCAGCAGCAGCAGCAGCAGCAGCAGCAGCAGCAGCAACAAAUGCCACCGGGUAUGCCGCGCUCCAACACAUUCAACAACCAGAUGAUGGGCAACCCCACACUACUGCAGCGCCGCGCGAGCGCUUCUAUUGGCUUUGCGCCACAACAGUUGUCGGAUGCGGUAGAUGCCAGACGACUGUCGUUGGCGGCAGACAGAGUAGCUAUGAAUCCGCCACCAGCAACUGGGUCUAGCAACUUCAUGGGAUUUCAGCCUUCACCGCAACAGCUCAACAACUUCUCCAUGCUGGAUGCUUCCAAUAUGGGCAACAUCAUAGCUGAUGGUAAUAGCUUCCCGGGUAUCUCGCCCGAUGCCAUGGGUAACCUGGUAUCUGCUCAAUUUGCCAAUAUAAAUAUGGGAGCAAUGUUCUCCAACGCUGAUCCGGGCUCGAGUGCAGUACUCGAAGGCCAGAUUUCACCAAACGCUAUGCAGCUUUCCAUUACCUCUAACGAGACCAUGCAAUUCAACAACGGUACGCAAUAUAACGCUUUCACGAACCCACAGGACAAUACAGUUCCAGCUCCUCAGCAAAUGAACCAAGCCAAAACUGCCCAGGAUCCAUCUCAUGAUGCAAGGACUGGCGCGUCGGCCCCUGCUGUCGAUCAAGCGAUACAAUCGCUUCCCCGUCAUGAAUUAUCCGCCGGCUCCGCUGUUUCGCCCGCCCAAGAAAUGGCUCCAUCCACAGGAGCUACUCAGCCAAGCACUUCAUCUGUCGCCACGACCCCGAACGCUACAGCAAAUCUCAAGGAGCCCCGUGAAAAAUCGAUCUACUCUAAGAGUGGCUUUGAUAUGCUCAAGGCUCUCUGGCUCGUUGCGUCCAGGAAGAACCCCAAGAUCCAUCUAGGAGCAGUUGACAUGUCGUGCGCAUUUGUUGUGUGCGACGUAUCCAUGAAUGACUGCCCAAUCAUAUAUGUCUCUGAUAACUUUCAAAACUUGACUGGAUACAGUAGCCACGAUAUUGUUGGUCAAAACUGCCGUUUCCUUCAAGCCCCUGAUGGGAAAGUCGAAGCCGGGACCAAACGCGAGUUUGUUGACAAUGGUACAGUCUUCAAUCUGAAGAAAAUGAUACAAGAGAGACAAGAGGUUCAACAAAGUCUCAUCAACUACCGCAAGGGUGGCAAGCCGUUCCUGAACCUUCUUACGAUGAUCCCAAUACCCUGGGAUACAGAUGAGGUCCGCUAUUUCAUUGGCUUUCAAAUUGAUUUGGUUGAGUGUCCUGACGCCAUUGCCGGGUCUGAAUUUGGUGGCGUUGCCGUUAAUUACAAGCACAGCGAUAUUGGUCAGUAUAUUUGGACGCCGCCAUCCUCUGCGUUCUGGGAGGCCGACAACGGCCAGACUUUGGGUGUCGAUGAUGUGUCAACCAUUUUGCAACAGUUUAAUGCGAAGGGUAUCGCAUCAGAUUGGCAUCGACAGUCUUGGGACAAGAUGCUUCUCGAGAACUGUGACGAUGUCAUUCAGGUCCUUUCGUUGAAAGGCCUCUUUUUAUAUCUCUCCCCAGCCUGCAAACGCGUCCUUGAAUAUGACGCCGCAGAACUGGUUGGUAACUCGCUAUCAUCUAUUUGCCAUCCUUCUGAUAUUGUUCCUGUUACACGAGAACUCAAAGAUGCGACGACUGGAGAUCAAGUCAAUAUUGUUUUCAGGAUCCGAAGAAAGCAGAGCGGGUACACAUGGUUCGAGAGCCAUGGGUCCCUGUACGUUGAGCAAGGUAAAGGCCGCAAAUGUAUAAUACUUGUCGGCAGGAAACGACCUGUCUUCUCCAUCAGUCGUCGGAAUAUUGAAUCCAAUGGCGGCAUCGGAGAUAGCGAGAUGUGGACCAAACUUUCAACUUCUGGCACCUUUCUUUACGUAUCAUCGAACGUGCGGUCCCUUCUUGACUUGCAGCCGGAAUCACUUGUCGCCACAAGCAUUCAAGAGUUGAUGCGCAAAGAUUCGAGACCCGAGUUCGGCCGCACUUUGGAAAAGGCGCGACGUGGUAAGAUCGUGACAUGCAAACAUGAGGUCCUGAACAGGCGAGGCCAGGGCCUCCAAGCUCAAACUACACUCUAUCCUGGAGAUGCUAUUGAGGGACAGAAGCCAUCUUUCUUACUUGCACAGACGAAGCUGUUGAAAGCAUCGUCAAGAACGUUGGCACCAGCCACUUCAACAGCGGGUUCUAACGCCAGUAGAUCCGUACAUGGCCAGAUAUCUCAGCCCGCAGGAGGUGGUUUGGGACACGGAAAUCAGGAGGAAGCACUUGCAUCCGACGAUAAUAUAUUUGACGAGCUGAGGACAACAAAAUGUUCCAGUUGGCAGUUCGAGCUGCGUCAAAUGGAGAAAGUGAACAGAAUCCUAGCCGAAGAACUCGGUGGCCUCUUGUCAAGCAAGAAAAAAAGAAAAAGGCGCAAGGGAGUUGGUAAUGUGAUUCGAGAUUGUGCCAAUUGUCAUACGCGCAAUACGCCAGAAUGGCGUAGGGGACCAAGUGGCCAACGAGAUCUUUGCAACAGCUGUGGGUUGCGCUGGGCUAAGCAAAUGGGCAGAGUUUCACCGCGCAACUCAGUGCGCAAUGGCGAUACCCAAAGUGGGAAGUCUGCUUCGCCAAUACACUCGUCGCCGAUGCACAAGGAGGUGCCUGCAAGCGCCAACACACCCGAUCACCAAGUAAAGAGAUCGGCGACAACUGAUGUACCCGCCACUGUAGAUGCCAUAUCUCCCCCUACCACUAAUCAGCAAGCAACUCGCGCCGCCAGUGCCGGCACUGUGAUGGCGUCAAUUCAGGAAGAGCGUGAAACGAGCUUACCUUGA